AUGGUAGGGCCUUCAGUCCCUUUGCAAUUUUGGUCCCUUUCGCAUAAUCCCGCCGGUAGUUUGAUCCCCUUGCAGUACCGGCCUUAUCUUGGCUUUGACGUCAGGUUCCUGCCUAUCAGGAACCACCGGCAUGUCCUUUCGAUCCGAUGCCCGAGCUUCCUCCCUCCACGCCCUAAGACGUAUUUUAGUCCAUCACCCCGUAGCCCUCGGGCUAAACAUCAACCCCUUUCUAUUACCCAUUACCUUAGUACCUAG